CGCCCCACUACAACAAAGCCAUCCUUUCGUUUUUUCCAGGUCAACUCCGCGCGAACUGGGCUCCCUCGCCCUCUUACCCUUCUUUCUGUCCUGCGGGACUUGCCAAUUGACCGCGCGUCGCCAUGGACGACUCUCUCAUGGAUUCGGUCUUCGACGAGGGCGAGAGCUCUGACUUCGCGCCCGUUAAACCCGUCAAAGCUGCCAAACCGAAGGCUGCAGCUCCCAAGAAGCCCGCAGCCGCCGGCAAGCCCCGAGGCCGCCCGCCAAAGGACCCGUCGCAGCCGCCGAAACCGAAGGCAAAGGCGGCGCCGAAGAAGAAGAAACGCAAAGACGACUCGGAGGACGAGAACUCGGACGUCGAUAUGGAUAACGACCCGCUCGGCGAUGACGAGUCGCUGCUCGCAGACACGCCUCCGAAGCAGAAGAAGGCGCCCGGCCCCAAGAAGACCAGCGGCAAGCCCCUGGCAGACAUCGCGAACGAGAGCUUCAGCAUGGACGGCAUGGAGGAAGCUCCGGCGUCAAAGGGGACGAAGGCCGCUGGCGGCGCAAGCAGCAAAUACCAGAUGCUGACCCAUUUGGAACACAUCAUGAAGCGCCCCGAUACUUACAUUGGCUCCGUCGAGCGCAUGAGCGACAAGAUGUGGGUCUACAACUCGACCACCGAGUCCAUGGAGUACCGCGAGGUGUCCUAUGUCCCGGGACUCUACAAGAUCUUCGACGAAAUCCUCGUGAACGCCGCAGACAACAAGGCAAACGACAAGAACAUGAGCGAGAUUCGGGUGACAUUGGACCGCGAUACCGGCGAGAUCUCGGUGAGAAACGACGGCAAGGGUAUUCCAAUCGAGAUACACAAAGAACAUGGCAUCUAUGUCCCGGAGAUGAUCUUCGGCCACUUGCUCACUUCCUCCAAUUAUAAUGACGAGCAGCAGAAGAUCACCGGUGGUCGCAACGGUUACGGUGCGAAGCUCUGCAACGUCUUCAGUACCGAGUUCACACUCGAAACGGUCGACUCGAAACACAAGAAGAAGUAUAAGCAGACAUGGACCGACAACAUGAGCAAGAUGGGCAAGGCCAAGAUCACCGACAUCAAGACGGACGACUACACCAAAGUCACCUACAAGGCCGAUUUUAAGAAGUUCGGCAUGACAGGCAUCGACGACGAUUUCGAGGCGCUCGUCAAGCGUCGGACCUACGACAUGGCGGGUACGCUGAGGGGCGUCAAGGUCUACCUCAACGGUGACCGCGUCAAGGUCAACAGCUUCGCCAAGUACAUGGAGAUGUACACCAAAGCCAUCCGCAGCGAGCAGGGCAAGAGCGAGGACGACAAGGACGUCAUCAUCACCGACCGGCACGAACGAUGGGAUAUCGGAUUUGCUGUCUCUGACGGCGCUUUCAACCAGGUGUCGUUCGUGAACUCGAUCGCCACCACGUCUGGCGGUACGCACGUCAACUAUAUCGCCGACCAGAUUGUUGAAAAGCUCCUAGCCAUCGUGAACAAGAAAAACAAGGGCGGCGUCAAGCUCAAGCCUGCGCAGAUCAAGAACCACAUCUUCCUCUUCGUCAACUGCCAAAUCGUCAACCCCGCGUUCACCUCGCAGACCAAGGAGCAGUUGACGACCAAGGCCAGCCAGUUCGGCAGCAAACCCGUCUUGAGCGACAAGUUCCUCAAGCAGAUCGAGAAGACCGAGGUCAUCCAGAACAUUAUGCAUUUCGCUCAGCAGAAGGCAGACCAGCUGCUGAAGAAGACGGAUGGCAACAAGCGGAGCCGCAUGAGCAACUCCAAGCUCACUGACGCAAACAAGGCUGGUACCAAGGAUGGCCACUUGUGCACUCUCAUCCUGACUGAGGGUGACUCAGCCGCCCUGCUCGCUUUGGCCGGACGCGCUGUAGUGAACCCGGAUUACUUCGGCGUCUUCCCACUCCGAGGUAAGCUGCUGAAUGUGCGAGAUGCCUCUAUCGACCAGAUUUCCAAGAAUCAGGAAAUUCAGAAUAUCAAGAAGUUCAUUGGCCUGCAGCACAAAAAGGAGUAUACCGACACCAAGGGUCUCCGCUACGGUCACAUCAUGAUCAUGACCGACCAGGAUCACGAUGGCAGCCAUAUCAAGGGUCUGCUCAUCAACUUCCUUCAGUGCCAGUUCCCGAGCUUGCUGAAGAUCCCCAACUUCCUCAUGGAGUUCAUCACGCCCAUCGUCAAGGUCUGGAAAGGCGAUAUUAAGCAGCCAAAGAAGCUGAUCAGCUUCUUCUCCAUGCCCGAAUGGGAGGAAUGGAAAGAGCAGCACAAGAAUGAGAAGGGUUGGGAUCACAAGUACUACAAGGGAUUGGGUACCAGCAGCCCAUCUGAUGCCCAAAUCUACUUCAAGGAUCUCGACACCCAUAUGAAGGCGUUCCACACUAUGCGUGCACAAGAGGAACAGCUGAUCGAACUUGCCUUCUCGAAGAAGAAGGCCGAUGCCCGCAAAGAGUGGCUGCGGGAAUUCAUUCCCGGAAACCAUCUCGAUCUCACCACGAAGGAGAUUACCUACGACGACUUCGUCAACAAGGAAUUGAUUCUUUUCAGCAUCGCCGAUAACCUUCGAUCGAUUCCUUCAGUCGUCGACGGCUUCAAACCUGGUCAACGCAAAGUCAUGUACACUUGCUUCCGUCGAAACCUCAAGAAGGACGUCAAGGUCGUGGAUCUCGCCGGUUCCGUGUCCGGAACUACAGACUACGCCUAUGGUGAAGCCUCGAUGCAAGGCACCAUUGUCGGUCUUGCCCAGAAUUUCGUGGGCUCCAACAAUAUCAACUGCUUGGAACCUAGUGGAAACUUUGGAUCCCGUCUUCAGGGUGGUGCAGAUGCGGCCAGCGCUAGGUAUAUCUAUACCCGGCUGUCGCCGUUCGCGCGAAGGAUUUUUCAUCCUCAGGACGACGCCCUCCUCAAGUACGGCGAGUCCGACACCAAAAAGAUCGAGCCUGAAAUGUACGUCCCUAUCCUACCAAUGGUAUUGGUCAACGGCGCAGACGGUAUCGGUACGGGUUGGAGCUCUUCAAUUCCGAACUACAACCCGCUUGAUAUUGUCGAGAACAUUAGAAUCCGCAUGGCCGAAGGCGCGUGUAAGGAAGAUAUGAAGUCGAUGACGCCUUGGUUCCGUGGGUUCACCGGUACAACUGAAGACAUGGGCAACGACCGGUUCAAGUUCACGGGUACCGUACGGCAGGUCAGCGACAAUGAAGUGGAGAUCACGGAAUUGCCCGUGCGCUAUUGGUCUCAGGACUUCAAGGACAAGCUCGAAGAUAUCAUCAAGGCUGAGAAGACUCCUUCCUUCAUCAAAGAUUACACCGACUACAACACACCGGACAAGGUCCACUUCAUCAUUAAGUUGGAGGACAAGCACAUGGCUAAUGCACUUGCGAAAGGCCUCGAAGAGGCUUUCAAGCUCUACAAGACCAUGGCUACUUCCAACCUGGUUGCUUUCGAUCAUCAGGGCCGCAUCCACAAGUACGCCUCAGUGCUUGACAUCAUGGAGGAGUUCUACCACAUCCGCCUGAGGUACUAUGAGAAGCGCAAGGCACACCAGCUAGACGAGAUGCAGAAGGAGCUCGAGAAGAUGACCAACCAGUCCCGUUUCAUUCAGAUGAUCAUCGACGGAAAACUUGUUGUAGCAAAGAAGAAAAAGGCUGUACUCGUCGAAGAAUUGAAGAAGCUUGGUUUCAAGCCCUUCCCGAAGGUCUCGGACGCCAAGAAAGCUGGUGAGCUAGAGGAAGCUUUCGAAGAUGACAACGAAGAGAGCGAGGGUGCGGUUGGCGCAAAUGACUUCGACUACCUCCUGGGUAUGGCUAUCUGGUCGUUGACUACAGAGCGUGUCGAGAAGCUCCUGAGGCAGAUCGGCGACAAGGAGAUGGAGAUUGACGCCCUUCUCAAGCUCUCGCCAAAGGAUAUCUGGAAGAUGGACCUUGAUGCCUUUGUCGAGGAGUGGAACACCCAGCUCGAUGAAGAAGCGAAGCGCGCCAAGAAGAUUGCCAAUACCGGUCGUCGUGCAUCCCACAAGCUAGGCAUCGCUCCUUCCAAAGGCAAGAAGAAGAAGAGGAAGAUGGACGACAACGACUCUGACGAUUCUGGCUCUGACUUUGGUCCUGUUAAGAAGAAGGCCAAGCCCAAGACCGGCGGUCUGCUCAGCUACCUCCACAAGGAGGAUGAGCCUAAGAAGCCGAGCGCGACCGCUGCCCUCAAGGGCGGAGCUGCAUUGGGUUCGACGGCAACAAAGCAGGCGGGUAUGCUUGGCUAUCUGAAGAAGGCGGCGCCAAAGGAGAUACCGCUUGACAGCGAUAGUGCAAUGGACGUUGAUGAGCCUGCUCCCGUGUCAGCACCUGCAGCUGCAACGAAGAAAAGCCGUCCUGCUGCCAAGAACGUCAAGAAGCCAGCAGCAAAACCAGACCCUGUCGACUCGGAGUCUGAUUCAGACGUCUUUGCUGCCGUUGCUAAAGAAGCGGAGAAGAAGCCCGCAGAGACUAUCACCACUUCCCGCACUGCUCGAGGCGCAGCCAAGAAGGCUACGAACUAUGUGGUUGACAAUGACAGCGAGAGUGAUAGCAUGGGCGACGAUCUUCUCGAUGUUAGCACCAUGGUGAAGACGAUCGGAGGUAGCAGCAACGACCGUCCUCUGUUCUCGACUGCUCGCCCUGGUAGCGGAAGCGGUGCCCGCCCGAAUAGCGCCACUGGGGCGACUUCGAAGGCUCGCGCUGGUGCUCAGAAGAGCAGCCCCAUCGACCUGGAUGACGACGUGACCAACUACGAAGGCCUCAUGCCUCAGGGUUCUCCCCAUAAACCCGCUCCUCGCAACGUCAACGACACGAUCAUGGGCUCCGACGAUGACGAUGACUUCGGCUUCGGCAUCAAGAAGUCCAAGCCCGCUGCGAAGCCCGUCGCAAAGGCUGCUCCUAAAGCCAAGCCGGCACCGAAAUCGAAGGCUGCACCCGCCGCUGUCGUGGCAAAGAAGACGACACAGCUCAGCCCAGCGGCAAAGGCUUACGCCGCCCGCCUCGGCAAGGCCAAGGAUCUCGCCGCACCGAAGGCCGCUCCGAAGGCCGCAGCCAAGCCAAAGCAGCCUAUCACCAUCGAGUCGGACGACGAGAUGGAGGAUGCGGACCAGCUGGCCAACGAACUCCUCUCGGAUGACGACGAGCCGACGCCCAAGCCCGCUGCUGCGCGACCGGGUCGGAGGGCUGCGGCUAGGCCGGCUAAGUAUGUGGUUAGCGAUGACGAGGAGAGCGAUGAGGCGUCUGAGCCGAGCUUUGAGGAGGAUGAGAGCGAGUAAACUCUCCCGUCGGCUUGCUCUGGUGAUGUUUAUGACAUGGUGAAUAUGGGGAGAUACCCAAGGGCACGGUGCCGGGGCGUUUAAGGAUCAUGUGGUGGUGAUGAGCAUCACUGCGAGUCCCCUUCUCACAGACACCUCUGGCUGUUUCAUUCACGGAGUCACCUAUUGGGCCACGGGACACUGGGUACGGAAUGGAGUUUUGGACAUCGUUCUCCGUAAUAUUAGGUAGUCUCACGAUUGAGCGGCGCCAAAUUG